CAAUAUGCGUCUGCUUAUCAUACUAUCUGCAUUCAACCCACCAAGUAACGACUGAUUUAAAGUUUCCGGCCGAUUUCAAAUUCGGCGUGGCGACGGCUUCCUAUCAGAUCGAAGGUGGUUGGAACGAAACCGAUAAGGGUGAGAGUAUUUGGGAUCGUUUGACCCACAAACAUCCCUCCUGGGUUAAGGAUGGGACAAACGGAGAUGUGGCAUGCGAUUCGUAUCAUCGAUAUCAAGAGGACGUGGCGGCGAUCAAAGCCCUCGGCGUUAACUUCUACAGGUUCUCUUUGUCAUGGCCUAGGAUCUUACCGCUCGGCCAAACUAACAUAAUCUCUUCGUCCGGUAUAGCCUAUUACAACAGUUUGAUCGAUGAACUAUUGCGCAACAAUAUAGAGCCGAUGGUCACGCUGUAUCAUUGGGAUUUACCACAAAAACUACAAGACAUUGGUGGAUGGCCCAACGAAAUAUUGGCCACGUAUUUCGAAGAUUACGCGGAUGUAGCUUUCAGGACUUUCGGAGAUCGCGUCAAAACGUGGAUCACCUUCAACGAACCGAACGAUGUUUGCGAAUCAGCUUAUGGGGAAGGCGACGACGCUCCGGCUCUAAAACUCACUGGAACGGCGGACUACCUUUGCGGAAGGACACUCCUGUUGGCCCAUGCCAAAGCCUAUCAUCUCUACAAAAGAGUCUACAAGAAAAAACAAAAAGGUAAAAUCGGGAUCACGGUUAAUUCGAUUUGGAGCGAGCCGAAGACGGAGAGUAGGCCUAACAGGAAAGCGGCGGAAAGGUUGAUGGAAAUGAACUACGGAUGGUGGGUGAAUCCUAUUCUAUCGGAGAUGGGGGAUUAUCCGGAAAUAAUGAGGAAACGCAUUGCAAAGCUAAGCCACUUGGAGAAUUUUCCCAGGUCGAGACUACCGAAGUUCACUCAGCAAGAAAUCGAUCUAAUCAAAGGCAGUAGCGACUUCUUGGGCUUGAAUCAUUACUCUACGUGGCUUGUUAGCCACCGAGAGUUGCCGCUGAACGCCACCAUCAGUCACACAAAGGACAUGGGUGUUCUCAUGGAGCAAGAUCCGGAUUGGAAACCGUCGGCUCUGCACUGGUUGAAAGUGGUCCCAUGGGGUAUCAGGAAGCUGCUGAAUUGGAUCAAGGAGAAGUACGGAAAUCCGUUGGUGUUCAUCACUGAGAACGGGUUCGCGGAUUUGGGAGAAAUGAACGAUAUCAAUCGUAUCGAAUAUCAUCGAGAAUAUCUCAAAGCUAUAUUGAAUUCGAUUUCAUUGGAUGGCUGUAACGUUAAAGCCUAUACAAUUUGGAGCUUGAUGGACAAUAUGGAAUGGCGCGAAGGAUACACUGUUAAAUUCGGGUUGUAUCAUGUUAAUUUCACGGAUCCGAGCAGGAAGAGGACGCCCAAAUCCUCAGCCGCCUAUUACAGGAAAGUAAUUAAGACAAGAAGGCCUUAGUACUAGCCACAUGCGUCAUAUUAUUUAAUUACAUAAAAUCUAAGUGGCUAUAAUUUUAACUCAAAACUGAUGAAUUUAUGUCAUUGUGUAAAUAUAACAAAUGUGCAAAAGCCAAUUUUUUUUUUGAUUAAUAACUCGAAUAGUCCGGGUUAGCGGUUUCUAGACUAAUCGAGGCGUAAAAAAUAAACAAAAUGAUGCUUGACUGUAUAUAUAAUAUAUAGGGAUA